CGACACGCCGAGCGGCCGGCCAAUUUUAUCCAGCCGCAUCGCACGGUUUAGUUUGAUUUUCAAACUUGUUUGUUUUUCCUCGCAGUAUCGCGCGAUGACUACGAUGGAGAUAUUAAUUUCGGAGGUAGUGUGGAAUAAAAAAUAUCAUCGAUACAAAGAUAGGACUGUUGUCGACAAGGAAUGGGAUGAAAUUUCUAUCAGCACAGGGUUGCCAAAAGACGAUGCGAAAAAGAAAUGGCGUAAUUUGCGAGAUCAGUUUACCAAAGAGCUUAAAAAAAUUUCGAAGCCCAGAUCGGGAGAUCCUCAAGAAUUUGUUGCAUCUUAUUCGAGAAAGUGGCAGUAUUUUGCCAAUAUGCUGUUUCUAAAGGACACCCUAAUUCCAAGAAAUACCGAGGGAAAUAUAUCGCUGAACGUUUUAGAAGCCUCGGAAAGCACUACUGCUAUAAACGAUGACGAUGAAGUCGAGAAAGAAGUGAUAGAUCACGAGCCAAACCCUAAUAAUGAUGCUUUACAAAGUGAUGUUAACAUAGACACACAAACGCAAACUCUGGGCAGCCAGGCUGUAGAAACUCUAGCACUGACUUCUUCAGCUGCGACUACAUCUCAUUUCAAACGAAAGAGAAAUCAAAAGCAUACCGAACUAGAGCAAAAGUUUGUGGACAUCGAAAAUAAAAAACUAGCACUUCUGAAAACCCCGGAAGACGAAAACAUGUUGUUUUCCAGAUCACUGCUACUUUAAAAAGCUGGACCCAAUUCAACAGCUACGAAUAAGAACACGUUAUCAGGAAAUUCUACUUCAGGAAAUAUCACAGAAUCGAACAAUCACGUUUGAAUAAUAUUUCAUAGCAUCUCAAACUCACUCCCGUUACUAUUCAAAUCCACCUUCUGCAGUUUCAUCGAUAGAUUCAAAUUAUACUGCAGUACCGUCACCUUCUCCUGGUAUUUUAACGCAA